CCCAGGAAACAUUUGACAUGCGCUCAGAGGGGCGGUUCAGCUAAGUUUCUUCCUCAUCUGACGGUCCGUCGCAGCGAGGAGCCUUUCUUUCUCCGCUUUGAAAACCUUUCACCUGAUUAACGUGUUUUAUAAACACUUUAACCUCAGUUUCUUCCCUUACAUUUAUACUUUAUAACUUUUUGCCGUAUGGGACGGAACGUUUUUUCUCCAGUCUACUAUGGAUGAGGUGAUAGAGGAGGGGGGUCCUACCUCUAAGACCACUCUGUGUGGGGAACAUGGCCGCCGGAGCAAAGCUAAGAGCCCAGAGCAGCAGCAGAGAGCAGACUCCCCUGGACCCAGCUGUGUCUCCAUGAAGAGUGGCUGGUCUAUGGAUCAUCCUGGCCAGUUUAAAGAUGGAAAUCAGUCAAUUGAGAAGAGAGGAGUCCAGCAGGAGAGAGCAGACUCCCCUGGACCCAGCUGUGUCUCCAUGAAGAGUGACCGCUCUAUGAGACCUCCUGCUAACUUUAAAGAUGGAAUUCAGUCUAUUGAGAAAAGAGUCCAGCAGCAGAGAGCAGACUCCCCUGGACCCAGCUGUGUCUCCAUGAAGAGUGACAGCUCUAUGGAACAUCAUGUUACCUUUAAAGAUGGAAAUCAGUCCAUCGAGAAGAGGUGAGGAUUCAUCAUAUAUUAUAAAGGUACAGCUUCUAUUAAACAUCCUUAAAUCCUGGUUCUUGUUUUCUAGAAGAGUCCAGCAGCAGAGAGCAGACUCCCCUGGUCCCAGCUGUGUCUCUAUGAAGAGUGGCUGGUCUAUGGAUCCUCCUGCUACGUUUAAAGAUGGAAAUCAGUCUAUUGAGAAGAGGAAGUUCCUGCUCAACCAGCUCCGGAUCUCUUCCAGGCACGUGAUGAGGGAAGUGGGGGGGAUGGCAGCGGUGGGUUUGGUGGAGAUGUAGACCUGUGUGUCGUCAGCGUAGCAGUGAAAAUUGACCCCAUGGUGACGGAGGAGUGUGCCCAGCGGGAGGAGGUAAAUGGUGAAGAGGAGUGGACCCAAGACUGACCCCUGGGGGACAGCCAGUGAGACACCUGAUCACCCAGACUUGUGGUUUCUUAGUUGAACAAAUUGUUGACGGCCGGUGAGGUAGGAUGUAAACCAGGAGAGUGCAGCACCAGUGAUCCCAAUACCAGCUAGGCGGUCCAGGAGCAGAGGGUGGGAGAUGGUGUCGAAUGCUGCGCUGAGAAAAAAAAAGGCAAAAUUCGAAUGCUGCGCUGAAUUGUGAAUAAGAAUUAAAAAUAAACUAAUAGCCUAAUGUUACUGCACGCUUUUGAAGUGCCAUCCGCAACAUUCGUCAUAUGAUGUCCCUGGUAGGGAAGUUAUUUAUUCCAUAUUUUAUUUUAACAACAGGCUUAGCGAGUGCAUUGCAAAUACAUGAAAAGUACAAAUACAAGUCAUCAAUCAAGCAGACCUUCGAUUUGGAACUUGGCCCGACGAUGAGUGCAAAUAUCUCAAUAACGACACUUUUGAAAUCAGAUAUUUAUCAAUAACAGCUGUUUAAAUCAGGUAUGAAAUCAGGUAUGCAAUUUGAAUACCUGCUGAAUGGGGCGGGAUGGGGCAAUAUUUCCUGGCUGCAUUCACUUGCAGUCGGUCAUUUGAAACUGGCUUUCGUAAAUGUCUUGUAAAAGCAAGAAAAAUAAAUAAAUGAAUUUGCCGCUGCCAACUGGGGUGGCAGCUGGAUAUUUUCGGGGAUAACUCUCAUGUAGGCAGCUGCGCAGUAUGCACUUUCACUCGCAUCACUGACCUGAAUCCACCUGUUAAAAAAGAGGUUCACGUUUUCAGUGAUGCGAGUGAAAGUGCAUACUGCGCAGCUGCCUACAUGAGAGUUAUCCCCGAAAAUGGUGAGUGCACAGUGACUCUUAUAACAGCAAAAACAAGAGUAGCGCCACUUAAAAAAGUAACUUUACCGAGACUAGAACUCCUCGGUGCUCUCAUCGGAGCUAGACUCAGUCACUAUGUAAUACGCACCUUGAAAUGGAAAAUAAUCAAGUGAAACUGUGGAGUGAUUCUAUGAUAACUUUGCACUGGAUAAAAAGUUCAGCAAAACAGUGGAAACCCUUUGUGGAAGUCCGAGAGAUCCAGAUUCUCACAGAACCUGAGCAGUGGAGCUUUUGUAAAGGGAAAGAAAAUCCUGCCGAAAGCGCCACAAGGGGCAUAAGUGUGAACCAGUUGCUAGACAACACUCUGUGGUGGACGGGCCCAGAGUGGCUUAAGCAAAGCGAUGUAAAUUACCGUGACAAUGAUAUUGAACCAAACGAAAAUGAUGACGCUGUAAAAGAAAAUAUGGCAGUUGUGGAAAUUACCAGUUUGUUAAAUUCCAAAGGUUCAAAGGAAAUGGAAAUACUCGAAAUAAAGAACCACAGUGACCUCAGCCGAAUGCUGCGGAUUACUGCCUGGGUCCGACGAUUCAUAAACAACGCCAGAGAAAAGGCAAAAAGCACCGGAACAUUAACAGCUGGAGAAAUCGCUGAAGCAGAGCUUUAUUGGAUCCGAUUAACACAGAAUCGAAGUUUCUACGAAGAAAUCAAUCAACUGAAAAGAGGUAAAGAAGUUAACUUUCAGUCCAAAAUUAAGUCUCUAAGUCCCUUUCUGGAUGACAGUGGAGUACUAAGAGUGUUGCAUUCUGGUCUCCAAGACACGCUAAACCAAGCGAGAGAAAGAUUCUGGAUAAUGAAAGGAAGACAACUAACGAAAAGAGUUGUACACGCUUGUCUUAUCUGUCGUAAAUAUAAAGCCAAACCAGCCCAGCAGAUUUCAGCGCCUUUACCUGCGCAGCGCAUUGAAGAAGCGCCUCCGUUUGAGAUCACGGGAGUGGAUUUUGCUGGACCUAUGUACAGUAAGAAUCAAGGAAAAUGUUAUAUUGCUCUUUUCACCUGUGCAGUCACCAGAGCCAUUCAUUUAGAGUUGGUGACUGAUUUGACUACGGAAAAGUUCCUGCUGGCGUUCAGACGUUUUGUGUCACGCAGAGGACUAUGUACCACAAUAUAUUCAGACAAUGCUAAAACGUUUAAACGAGCCAACAAGGAGUUGACAGCAUUGUGGGAUUCCCUGUCAUCUAAAGAACUACAGGAAUUCUUUGCUGAAAAACGAAUAAUCUGGAAGUUUAUAGCAGAAAGAGCUGCUUGGUGGGGUGGAAUGUGGGAGAGAAUGGUGAGGUCGGUGAAGACGUGCCUACGUAAAGUUCUGGGAAAAUCAUGUCUGAAAUAUGAAGAAAUCGAAACCAUUCUGAUAGAAGUGGAAGCAGUUGUUAAUUCCCGUCCCAUCACUUUCACCCACACCAGCAGCGAAGAGCCUGUCCCUCUAACGCCAACCCAUUUUCUAAUUGGUCAGCGUCUAACAGCGCUCCCAUCCGCUGGCAACGUAACCGCAGCGGCCCCCAACACAGACCAACGUCAGUUAAACAAAAGGUGGAAAUACAGACAGCGCCUAAUCAAUACAUAUUGGACCCGCUGGAAGAAGGAAUAUCUCCUGGAGCUACGAUCUGCACAUUGUGUCGUGGAUUAACUGAGAUAUAUAACACUUAGACUAAUUCAAGAGAGAGAGAGAGAGUAAAAUGAAAACGAGGGGUCCGGAGCAAGAAUUGACAAAAGACUUUAUCGUGCAGUAAAACAACAACGAUAACAGCCGAGUAGGUCUCGAGAGUCACUGCCGUUCACAAACUGCGGCGUCUUUUUAUACACACAAACAGAACAGCUUCUCCUUGAGGUGUCUGCCUCCAUUCAGUCAUAAAUCCACUUUAACCUGAAUGGUCAGAAAAUAGACAACAAAUGGUCUGCAAAGAUAGCCCUGCUCCUUUUGGGGGGGGCUCCAUCUGUUCUAAACCCAGACACCUAGGCACCGUGUGUUUUCCACUAAUAUAUAUAAAAGACCUCAUAAUAAUCACAGUUCACCAUUAAUUUCUACCACACAUCCCCCCUUGUUGGGGCCAAUAAGGUUCCAACAAAUUACUUGAAUUAUUGCUAAGCCUAUAUGCUACUAAGCCCUUGCCAAAUUGACACCACAUCUGGUCAUCGGUAAAAACCUCAGAGCUUUGACAGGGAUUUCAACCUGUUUUUAGGCCAAAAAGAUUUACCAAAUGCAGUGUAUUAUUAACACUCUAAUCCCUACAAGUUGUUUCAUAUGUAAUCAUAAAACCUUUCUAAUCAUAAUAACACAAUAUUCUAUAUUCAUCAUGCAACUAUAUCAAAUGUGUAUCUAGAAUACCUACAUAAUAAUCAUAAACGGCAUAAUAAUCAAUAAUCAUUCAGCAUGCAUUGAAAAUUGGCAUUUCAAAAAUAUGUGACACCAUAUUAUACAUAAAAAAUUGACAUAACAUACAUUCAAUAAUGUGAAACAUAAUAAAAAUUAAAAACUACGAUUGUCAACAAGCUUGCAUGGAUUUGAAUAGCUCUGAUUAUCGUCAUAUACCGGUAUACUAUAUAACGUGGGGGGUUUGGGCAUCGUGGUUGUUGCUUCUGUUUGCAGCCACCAGCCCUGAAACCCAUUAGUCCAAUGUCCAUUUGUUCACACUGUCUGAAAUGGUUGUGGUUCACAUGAGGGGUCUGAUUCUCACAUUCCGGUCUCCUCUCUAGUUUCACUCCAAUCUAUCUCCCCAUAGAGCAUCCUCUCCCAGUCACCCGACUCCUCUAUGCCAGACACCAUUUCAUUGAAUUAAAUUGGAUAUGUAAUUCACACUGAUCUUUCCUAUGCACAUGUUCAUGAUUCUGGCGGAAGGUUAAUGCACAUAACGGUUGGUUAUCCGACAUAACAGUAAACACAAAUUCAUUAACUUGGUCUCGCGGUGGUAUCUGAGUAUAUAAGACAGUUUUCCCUUUGUUGUCAAUUAGUCCUGAAUGAUUUUGGGCCGGAUUAUCCUGUGUUCCUCUCUGGCUUUCUUCAGUAGGCCUACCACCCCCUAAUUCCUGGCCCUUCCAGGUUUGUGUUGUCCCCGUGGUUUCAUCCUACCUCGGGGUCUGUGCUUGUGCCAGCGAAAUCUGGCACAACCCGUAAAGGAUCAGAAACAGGCUCCCCGUUUUCAGCAUCAUCAUGCUGCUGUAUCUCUUGGCUCGACUGGAUCUGGUCCUGGGGCAGCUGGUCAGCCCCACGUGUGUCUGCGUCUGGCUCCUCCUUCUCACGGUCGUCUCUGGCUUUGGGUUGAGCAGCUUUUGUGCAGUGGUUGAGAUGAUACCACGUGGCACUUCCUUCCACUUGGAUGGAUGUUGGUGUUGCGCUGGUGACUUUGUAUGGUCCUUCUCUCCUGGGCUAGUUCCACUUUCUCCUGAACAUCCUGAGAUACACUUGGUCACCUGGCUCCACCCCCCUUGGUGGCUCCUUCUCCAACUCUGGAACUCUGUCUUUCUCUUGUUGAAAAAUAAGCCUGUGUAUGCCAGUUAGUUGUCCCAAAUAGCGUCUUAAUUCAGUUUCCAAUUGUUCUAAUGGAGGUCCUUUAUGAGGCCCUCGAAUGACAGGUGAAGGCAUGGGUCGACCCGUAAACAUUUCAUGCGGGGUUAGAUGCGUCGUUCUGUUAGUUUUCAUGCGAUAACUCAUUAGUGUCAGUCGUAGUGCAUUAGUCUUUUAAUUUAGUACUCUAAUUUAAUUUUGUUAAUCUUUGUCUUAAGUGUCCGAUUCCUCUCUGCACCAUACCUUGUGGUUUGAGGAAUGUAGACACAGCCUAAUCUUUGUUUGACAUGCAGAUGUUAAAUCACUUGUUUGAGUGUUUUCUGAAUAAACGCAGCUCUAUUGCCUGAGCUAAUUUGUGACGGAAUUCCAAACCUUGGCAUGACUUCUCUAGUCAGAACCUUGAUUACCGUAGCCGCACUUUGGUCUUCUGAUGGGACUGCUUCUACCCAUCUGUUGAACACUGUUUUUUCAAAUAUUUCACACUCAUUUAGCUGGAUGUUAAUCAUUAUUUGCAAGUAUGGUGAAGAAAAACCUUGUUUUCAAAUUUUUUCCUAAUUCUCCUCAAUACCUCCCCCCUUGCGCAAUGGUCAAAACCAUACGCAUUAAAUGAUAAGCAAAUCUAAUAACGCCGUUGGUGCACCCAACGUCGAAAGUCUAACCAUAAGCAUCAGUAAACUCAAACCAAUCUUUUGGGAAGGGAAAUCGAAACCAGUAUGUCCAAAUCCUAAGCCCAAUAUGGGUGGGUUUACCAUCAGCCGCCCGAAACCACGCUGUUCCAAAGUCAUGCACUAAGCCGAAAAAACGUACAUGCGUUAGUGGCCUUCUAUGCCACAAAGGUAAAAUAAAAUGAAAUAAAACGCGACAUGCCCCGUUUCAAGACGACCUCUGCUGCCAGAGCUGACAUAUCUGACUCCUGUUCCCCCUCCACCUUUCAUCAGCCGGCUUUUCCUAUGAUGGUUGCAGUCCGUCACUUCAUGAUCAGGUGAGCCAGUGCUCACAGUGACUCUGCCAAGUAAUCGUGACUGUGCCUGUAUUAGGUUGUCCCGGGCUUCAAGGUGGGAUCUUACCCGUCAUUGGCUAACCAGCCUUCCAUACUGGCUUAUUGCAGGAUGCCGUACCUGGGAUACGAUCAAUCCCCACCUAUAUGGUGGUAUAGAUCGCAAAGUGGAGGGAUGGAGACAGAGUCUUCAGCCGCAUCUGCCUUAUGCAGCCAUAUGUGUGCGUCAUGAAUGCACAUCAGGGCGACUAUAAAACAAAAGAUAAUUUAUCAGAGUUAAAAUUAUUAAAGUGUUGCAGCAGUAUUAGUGGCAUUUGAAGGUAAACCCACUACUUCCGAAUCCAAUUUGACAACAUAGCAUGUAUGUCUCCUUCCCAGCAGAUAUAGCGUCAAUCCACCUAUUGUCCUUAACUAGGGAGAUGUGAAAGAAAACAAAAAUCACAAUAUUAAAACUUGCAUCUUCAAUAUUGGGCAACUCAUUUUUGUCUUAACCAUUACUCAAAAUCACAAUUCUCUUCAUAAUACUACCCGAUUGCCCUUCACUAUCUAUUUGAAUUGGACGACCUAAUUAUACCUUUUAUUCUACCUAUUGCUUGCAUUUAGUGUUUUCCAUAUUUUGAUUCACUACUAUACCAAACCCAAAUCCUCUAUGUUGAUCUUAACUAGUUUAUUCAACACUGAAUUGAUACAUUGUUUCUAUUAAGUAAUUAACCAUAUUGUUUUAUCUGAAGUAUGCUUGUGUAUCCCCUUGUGUACUCAGUCACUUGGAGUAGGAGAGGAUUCUCCCCUACCUCGGCAGCCCUGACACACACAUGAGAAAAGGCUCACACACACCCUUUCUUAUUUUAUUUUACUUAUUUAUUUUAAAUUACAUUUGUCAUUGUGGAUAACCUAAAUUAGAAAUUUGGAUAACGUUCUAUCAUACUUAUUUGAUCAAAUUUUUAAGUAUUGCCGAUUGUUUUUCUAAAUUAUAAGAUUGCUUUUAAUAAAUUGUCUAUUACUUAUCAUAAUCUCGAAGGAAAUAUUUUAUUUGUGUUGUUAUCUUGGCACCCAGACCUCGUCAGGCCCAAGCACCAAAAUAACAUCCACCUAUCCACGCAGAGUCCAUGGGUUGGGUCCGCUCCUCGUUUGAUGAGUCACUUUACCCUGGCGCCAUUGAACCCAUUGACUCCUGUGGAGUGUGGUGUGCAGACAAUUUUUAACGCUAAUUGCUCAUGUUUGAGUCUAAAUAAUUAUUCCUAAAUCCUGUGAUUACCAUGUAACUUACUCAGGGACAACACUCAGCUAGGAGGAGAUGGGGAUCGAACUAGCAACCAUUCGGUUACAAGACACCCUCUACUUCCUGAGCUAAACCGACCCCCAGCCUCCUCUCCGCUGAUUUAUUACCUCCGGGUCGGUCCGCAUCCGCCCUUUUUGCUGUCAAUAUAUUCCUCUCCCUUCUCCAAACGCCUUCUCCCUCUGAUCCAACCU